AUGCAAUUCGCAACAAUUUUAAUAGCUUUACCAAUUUUUCUGGCCACAUAUUGUGAAUCUCAAUUACAAAGUCCAAAAUGUUGCAAUGUGGCUUAUGAUUGUUCUUAUGAAGAAAACCCUGUUUGGGCAUCAACUAGUGGUCAAAUUUGUGAGGUGUUUCGAAAUGAGUGUGUAAUGAUGAGUGAGAAUUGUGAUCGUCUUAAUGAAAACAGACCAGAAGCUAAAAAGAUUUCUCAGAAAAAGUGUCAAGAUUUAUGUCGCUUACAGAACUGUUUGAUGGUCUAUAAUCCAGUUUGUGGCAUUUACAAUGGCAAAAGACGUACUUUUGGAAAUAAUUGCGAGAUGAACAAAUAUAUUUGCACAACUGGACAGACUUUCAUCGCACUUCAUCGAGGUUCUUGUUUUCCAGACCGUACUGUGUAAAAAAACGAUAAAUGCAAGAAAAAAUAUAAAUCGAUAUAAAAACUAUGAGUUGUAAGUUUAUUAAGAUUGAAGAAUUGGUGGAUGCCACGGC